AUGGAUGAGCUACAGGACGUGCAGCUGACUGAGAUCAAGCCCCUGCUGACUAAUAAGGUGAGAGGAUGAGAUGACCACUUGCAUGGGAGAUUCACACAUACACAGACAGAUGUGCAGAAUGUUGCCUAUACAUGACACACAGAGACUUAUUCAGUAUUUGUCUCCAACGUGAACAGUGCCUCUCUCCCCACUCCAGAGCGCUGUUCAUCAAAGUGAAUGAUUUAUCAUCUCAGCUUCACUGUAGUGAGGGAAGAGUCAAUAGAAGAACAAAAAGCAAGGGAUGUAGUUAGGCUCAAGAGAGAGAUACAGAGGAUAGAGAGAGAUGCAGAGAGAGGGAGAGGAAGCAAGAGGGAGGGGAGGAAAGAGGGAAAGAUCAAAGGGGAAGCUAGCAGAAACUGCUCUUUUUUGUGAGCUUGAAAGAUUCAGGUAAGAGGGGAAAAAAAGAGCUCCCAGCCUGCCUUGGGGUGGGGCAAGAAGGAAGUCAGCCCAUCUGUGUAAAUUGACCCCUAUUACACCCAGAGGGGACUAUCCUGUUACAGACAGUUCCAGUGCGAACUGGAAUUUUUAUUUAGGAGCACCAGUACGCCUAGAACAAUUACAGAUUCUAGCUUUGUUACCCCAAAUAUUUUGCAUUGUGCUCCUACAUUUCUUUUUGUGCGCCUACAUUUUUUAAAUUAGGCACACACGUGCUCCUUGUAAAAAAAAGGUCAGCAUAGAGCCCUGUAGACUCUCUCUGCUUCACAGGAAAUCAGUUGAUGUAUAGGUUGAGGCAGAGGGUGUUGCGUCAUGCGUCAUGCAUCAUGGGCUGAACAGGCCAUUUAUCAUCUGACAGUGGUGCUGGUGAAGUGGGCUGGCUGUGGACAGAGAGGAAGAGAAGUGAGAGGGUUCACUACCGUCAAAAUCUGUCCACGAUAAGCAGACUGCCUGCCUUCCCUCCUUUGGGACAACGACUCCCAUUGUUAGGGUAGAGACAAGACCAUCUUGUCAAUAUAUACAGUAUCUCGGCUGUGGACAGGUUGAAGGAAGUAAGGCAGAAUCAUGAGCUCAUCUGAAUGAAUGGGUUUAUGGCUGACCUCUCACUCCACCUUGUCUCCCGAGUGGCGCAGUGGUCUAAGGCACUGCAUCGCAGUGCUAGCUGUGCCACUAGAGAUCCUGGUUCAUAUCCAGGCUCUGUCGUAGCCAGCCGCGACCGGGAGACCCAUGGGGCGGCGCGCAAUUGGCCCAGCGUCUUCCAGGGUAGGGGAGGGAAUGGCCGGCAGGGAUGUAGAUAAGUUGAUAGAGCAUGUCGUUUGCAACGCCAGGGUUGUGGGUUCGAUUCCCACAGGGGGUAUGAAAAAAAUAAAAAAUAAUGUAUGCACUAACUUAACUGUAAGUCGCUCUGGAUAAGAGCGUCUGCUAAAUGACUAAAAUGUAAUGUAAAUGUAGUGGCCAGGCCACCUCAUUAAGAACCAAGCAGACACUCACAGCAGCCUGCAGGAUAGACGUGAGGACAUACAGACAGACGGUAAUGAGAUUAUAGGAAAGGGAGAUAGAUGGGAUAGCAUAUUUAGUCUGUCAAUCAGCCAGAGCAUGUAUACUGAAACUCCCAUAGUGGUGCUUUCUAAAAUACUGUAGGUGAAAGAAUUUCUAACAUCCAACACCUCAGUAACAUACCUUUCUUUCCUCUUUUCUCUCAGAAUUCACGUAACUUCCAGGACUUUGACUGCCAGGUAAGUGUCUCCAGUUCUAUAAGAAACAGAUGCUGUUUUGUACUGAUCUAUUUCAGAGAUGUGAUUCAGGCCAGGGGAGCUUUGAAAGGGCUCUCCUCUCAGUUCCUGUUAAAUGAGCCAAACAGAGGGAACGCGUUGCGCUCAGGUAACAAGAGGCGGUUUGGGGACAUGGCCUCAUUCUGAUCCUUCUACUACUACUUUCAGUUUGCCCUAGAUUUAAACCGAGUUCCUUUCUCACAAUGAAGAGUCUGUAGGUGGAAUGGUGAUGCAGAGUUUGAGGUAGUAUAAGUUUAACCACAGAUCUUGGAUCAGAUUCCCCUACCUCCAAUCCUAACAUUAACCAUUAGAGGGGGGAAAUAUCUGACCCUGUAUCAUUGGCUAAGGGCAGCAUAUAUCUACUGAUGCUAAUUUCACAAGCCAAGUGGUGGAAAACAUGUUGCUUAUGAGACUGACUCAGCUUGUUUAUUUGUUGGUGUGUAUGCAGCAAACAACAAACAACAGCAUUAGUAGUGACCUUUGGAUCACCCUCCCACUUGCCUUAAGCUCAGAGUUAUAGCCCUGUUCCUCAGCUCCUGUGCUGUGAGUCUGCUGAUGGUGAGGGGUGUCUGAGCCGUGGGGAGCGUGGGACAGCCUGGCAUUCAUAGUGGGCCUCCAGCCAUACAAGGCUCAGUGGGGUAUACUACGAAUCAUGUUUGAGGAGUUAGCGAGGUUACUUUGGUCAACUCUGAGUUCAACUCGGGAUAACCGGUAUCAUGAAAGUGGCUCACCUUUUAGCCAGGUACAUUUCUAUGGCAACGUAUCCUUCAGAGCUAACCUGCACCGGGGCAGGCUAACUCAGAGCUAACUCUGUUUAUCCUAAAUGAAGUGUCUGAGCCACGGGUUGAGGACCAAUGAAAUCAGAUUCCCUCCCUCUUGCAAAGAUUGCGCCAUCAUCCCUUUCAUUUGAGGAAGACGACUGAUUAAAUAUUAACGAUACAGUGCAUUCGGAAAGUAUUCAGACCCCUUGACUUUUUCCACAUUUUGUUACGUUACAGCCUUAUUCUAAAAUGUAUUAAAUUGUUUUUUUCCCUCAUCAAUCUACACACAAUUCCCCAUAAUGACAAAGCAAAAACUGGUUUUUAUACAUUUUUGCACAUUUAUGAAUACAAAUAAACUGAAAUAUGACAUUUACAUAAGUAUUCAGACCUUUUACUUAGUACUUUGAAGCACCUUUGGCAGUGAUUUCAGCCUCGAGUCUUCUUGGGUAUGACGCUACAAGCUUGGCACACCUGUAUUUAGGGAGUUUCUCCCAUUCUUCUCUGCAGAUCCUCUCAAGCUCUGUCAGGUUGGAUGGGGAGCGUCGCUGCACAGCUAUUUUCAGGUCUCUCCAGAGAUGUUCGAUCGGGUUCAAGUCCGGGCUCUGGCUAGGCCACUCAAGUACAUUCAGAGACUUGUCCCGAAGCCACUCCUGCGUUGUCUUGGUUGUGUGCUUAGGGUCGUUGUCCUGUUGGAAGGUGAACAUCCGCGCCAGUCUGAGGCGUUCUGGAGCAGGUUUUCAUCAAGGAUCUCUCUGUACUUUGCGCAGUUCAUCUUUCCCUCGAUCCUGACUAGUCUCCCAGUCCCUGCUGAUGAAAAACAUCCCCACAGCAUGACGCUGCCACCACCAUGCUUCACCGUAGGGAUGGUGCCAGGUUUCCUCCAGACGUGAUGCUUGGCAUUCAAGCCAAAGAGUUCAAUCUUGGUUUCAUCAGACCAGAGAAUCUUGUUUCUCAUGGUCUGAGUUCUUUAGGUGCCUUUUGGCAAACUUUUACUGAGGAGUGGCUUCCGUCUGGCCACUCUACCAUAAAGGCCUGAUUGGUGGAGUGCUGCAGAGAUGGUUGUCCUUCUGGAAGGUUCUCCCAUCUCCACAGAGGAACUCUGGAGCUCUGUCAGAGUGACCAUCGGGUUCUUGGUCACCUCCCUGACCAAGGAAGGCCCUUCUCCCCUGAAUGCUCAGUUUGGCCUGGCAGCCAGCUCUAGGAAGAGUCUCGGUGGUUCCAAACUUCUUCCAUUUAAGAAUGAUGGAGGCCACUGUGUUCUUGGGGACCAUCAAUGCUGCAGAAAUGUUUUGGUACCCUUCCCCAGAUCUGUGCCUCGACACAAUCCUGUCUCGGAGCUCUACGGACAAUUCCUUCGACUUCAUGGCUUGGUUUUUGCUCUCACAUGCACUGUCAACUGUGGGACCUUAUAUAGACAGUAUAGUACAUUUACAUUACAUUUUAGUCAUUUAGCAGACGCUCUUAUCCAGAGCGACUUACAGUUAGCGCAUACAUUAUUUUAUCGAACCCACAACCCUGGCGUUGCAAACGCCAUGCUCUACCAACUGAGCUACAUCCCCUGCCGGCCAUUCCCUCCCCUACCAUGGACUACGCUGGGCCAAUUGUGCGCCGCCCCAUGGGUCUCCCGGUCGCGGCCGUACCUUUCCAAAUCAUGUCCAAUCAAUUGAAUUUACCACAGGUUGACUCCAAUCAAGUUAUAGAAACAUCUCAAGGAUGAUCAAUGGAAACAGGAUGCACCUAAGCUCAAUUUCGAGUCUCAUAGCAAAGGGUCUGAAUACUUACGUAAAUAAGGUAUUUCAGUUUUUUAUUUUUAAGAAAUUUGCUCACAAAAAUAAAAACCUGUUUUCGCUUUGUCAUUAUGGGGUAUUGUGUGUAGAUUGAUGAGAGAUAAAUAAAUACAUUCCAUUUUAGAAUAAGGCUGUAAUGUAACAAAAUGUGGAAAAAGUCAAGGGGUCUGAAUACUUUCCGAAUGCACUGUACAUAAUAAAAGAAAGACGGCACUUAUAACAGCCUAUUUCACACCAUAGCUUGCUGAAUUUGCAAAAUAACUUUUAAUCCAUUUUUAAAUAAAUGUGGCACUGACAUGGAUUGGUGUUUCAGCAUUUUCUCAAUGAAGACUUCGGCGUCGAUUAGCCAUGUGCGAUAUGAACGUGCAGUUACAAGCCUAGCUCGAGCAGGCUCAAGUAAGUGGCGGGUGCAUGAUCAAUAUUUACCUUCGUAGUACGGAUAUUGCCUGAGCUGGAAUGUGAAGCUAACUCAAUCUGGCUAGCUUUAUAAAAGCCUGAGUAGAUCUAGCUUGCUUUGUAGUAUUGACGGGUUGGUUGUUUAGCAACAAAACCGAUGCGUGUGCAACUAUGGGGCAAAACAGACAGGGUUGGCUUAGAUUGUUUACAACAUAUAAACUAUAUUUUGUCUCCAGUCUUUAAUGAAAAUAUAAAUCAAUUUGCACUUGCCUCUCAAAUACAUUGUUACAGUUGUUGGUUGCUAGCUAUAGAACAUUUUCGUCACAACACCUCAAAACAAGACAUGGCUUCAAGAACAAGCCACUUACUAUUCCUAACAUGGCAGUUUCUUGUAAUUCUUGCUAGCAAUCUGGCCAUCCAGAAUCACAACAACACGCUGACUUCUGCCCCAUGGAAGCGUGCACAUCGUUUUCAUGACGUUGUCAGCCAACCCAUCUAUACCGUUCUUGUUAAAUUGUGACAGACUUGAGAUGGGGUUCAUCAUGGGGUGGUUGUGGUUACGGGAGCCAUUUUGGUUCUGGAGUUGUAUUUGUCAGUUGUUCUGGUAUGGUUCUCUAUCAACGUACGAUUUAACAAGUGAUGUUUUAUGCCAUGAUUAAGGCUUUAUUUAUUUUGAUACUUUGUAUUUGUGCAGAUUCUGGUGUGUUAAGUUGUUGUAAGGCCCUGUUCUGUGGACAAACCUCUGGGAUAAUAUUGAGUCGUGACUCAUUAAACCACACCAGCCUGAGGCCCUGAGGAUCAACACAACAGCCAAUGAAUGCCUUUCGGUCUCCAUUACACAGCCAAUCACUGCUUCACUGCCAUGUAUCACUGAGUGUGAAGAAGAAGAAGAAGAAGAGUGGCUUCUAUGAUAUAAUAAUAAUAAUAAUAAUAAUAUGCCAUUUAGCAGACGCUUUUAUUCAAAGCGACUUACAGUCAUGUGUAUUGUAUGAUUCUUUCAUAUUGUAUGAUAUUGUGUGAUGUCUAAAUACAUUUCAAACAUGCAAAUAGAGCUGCCAGACAGGGUAAUUAUUAGUGAUGGGGGGAAAAAAUCGAUACAGUUACAUAUCGGGAUAUUCGCUUUGACAAUGUAUUGUUUUGACAAUAACGCAAUAUUAUUUUCGCGUUAGUUAGCUGUACCUGCACCAAAACGCCAGUAUUUUUCCUUCAUAGCUUGUUCUCCAUCUUCUUUUUAAAUAGGGAGCCAAUCUGUUUUCAGCACUUUAAUUUCCAUGACUGAUCAGACAUAUGGUCAGCAAUAUGUUUGGAAUUUCAAAUCGCAAUAAAAUCAUAGUAUAAAAUUGUGAGAAUCGCAAUACAUAUCGUAUUGUGGGUUUGAUUACAGGCUCAAAAUGGCCAGAAACAAAUAACUUUCUUCUGAAACUCGUCAGUCUAUUCUUGUUCUGAGAAAUGAAGGCUAUUCCAUGCGAGAAAUUGCCAAGAAACGGAAGAUCUCGUACAAUGCUGUGUACUUCUCCCUUCACAGAACAGCGCAAACUGGCUCUAACCAGAAUAGAAAGAGGAGUGGUAGGUCCCGGUGCACAACUGAGCAAGAGGACAAAUACAUUAGUGUCUAGUUUGAGAAAGAUGCCUCACAGGUCCUCAACUGGCAGCUUCAUUAAAUAGUACCCGCAAAACACCAGUUUCAACGUCAACAGUGAAGAGGCGACUCCGGGAUGCUGACCUUCUAGGCAGAGUUGCAAAGAAAAAGCCAUAUCUCAGACUGGCCAAUAAAAAUUAAAGAUUAAGAUGGGCAGUCUGAGAUAUGGUUGCAAUACAUUUGCAACAAUUUCUAAAAACCUGUUUUUGCUUUGUCAUUAUGGGGUAUUGUGUGUAGUUUGAUGAGAAAAAAAAACAAUUUGAACAAUUUUAGAAUAAGGCUGUAAUGUAACAAAAUGUGAGAAAAUUCAAGGGGUCUGAAUACUUUCCGAAUGCACUGUAUCUACUGUAGGUAGGAGAGUAAGCAAGCUCAGUUGAGCAGGGCUGGUGCAUGCUUUCCUUCUCCAUGUGGUCCUGUCUGUGCACCCAUCCCCCCUUCAUGCAUACACUCAGCCACACAAAUAGGCAUUGUCACUCACACAUACACACACACACUUUCAGACAUACAGUAUUCCCUUCACUUUUGCCACAUCCAACAGACAACCAGCAGUGUUUACAUCUAGCCAGUGUCAUUAUUAAAGAUGCUCCCAUGAUUAAUUCCACUGCAGCACUGCUGUGACGUCAUCACCCAGAGACAGUGUGUGUGGAUGGGAGGGGGAGACGGGGCCAAAGGGUGUGGUAUCAGUCUCCACAGGGAUGCUGCCCUGUCUUACAUCACAGGGAGGUGUCUACUAGAUGUGUCCCCCUCCCUCCCUUCACACAUGUAUGUACAUUUACACUCUUGCAGGAAUUCUGAAAAAUAAAUGAGGGGGCUAGAAAUGGCUAUGCUUUCAAAAUUGAAACGCAUGAAGUGAUGCUAAUUGAGUGCAGUCCCAGGAGAUCUGCUCUGGGAGCUGCAGUAAUACGAAGGCGGGUGUAAUGGGAUGCUUAGCUCUGUUCAACAUCACAAUUUAGUCCUCCUUAGAUCUAGCAAAGAUAAUGGUGUAGACCUAAUCCAUUUCAGAUAUGUUGUUCUCCUAUGUACAGUAAACAUGCAACAUGCAACAACUUCAAAGAUUUUACUGAGUUACAGUUCAUAUAAGGAAAUCAGUCAAUUGAAAUAAAUGCAUUAGGCCCUAAUCUAUGGAUUUCACAUUACUUGGAAUACAGAUAUGCAUCUGCUGGUCACAGAUACCUUAAAGAAAAGGUUGGGGCGUGGAUCAGACAAACAGUCAGUAUCUGGUGUGACCACCAUUUACCUCAUGCAGCGCGACACAUCUCCUUUGCAUAGAGUUGAUCAGGCUGUUGAUUGUGGCCUGUGGAAUGUUGUCCCUCUCCUCUUCAAUGGCUGUGCGAAGUUGCUGGAUAUUGGCGGGAACUGGAACACGCUGUCAUACACGUCGAUCCAAAGCAUCCCAAACAUGCUCAAUGGGUGACAUGUCUGGUGAUUAUGCAGGCCAUGGAAGAACUGGGACAUUUUCAACUUCCAGGAAUUGUGUACAGAGAGCCUUGUGACAUGGGGCCACGCAUUAUCAUGCCGAAACAUAGGGUGAUGGCGGCAGAUUAAUGGCACGACAAUGGGCCUCAGGAUCUUGUCACAGUAAAAUGCCAUCUUGCCAUCGAUAAAAUGCAAUUGUGUUCGUUGUCCGUAGCUUAUGCCUGCCCAUACCAUAACCCCACCGCCACCAUGGGGCACUCUGUUCACAACGCUGACAUCAGCAAACCACUUGCCCACACAACGCCAUACACAUGGUCUGGGUUUGUGAGGCAGGUUGGAAGUACUGCCAAAUUCUCUAAAUCGACGUUGGAGGCAGCUUAUGGUAGAGAAAUGUACGUUCAAUUGUUUGGCAACAGCUCUGGUGGACAUUCCUGCAGUCAGCAUGCCAAUUGCACGCUCCGUCAACUUGAGACAUCUGUGGCAUUGUCUUUGUGUGACAAAACUGCACAUUUUAGAGUGGCCUUUUAUUGUCCCCAACACAAGGUGCACCUGAGUAAUGAUCAUGCUGUUUAAUCAGCUUCUUGAUAUGCCACACCUGUCAGGUGGAUGGAUUAUCUUGGCAAAGGAGAAAUGCUUACUAAGGGGGAUGUAAACAAAUGUGUGCAUAAAAUCUGAGAGAAAUAAGCUUUUAGUGCAUAUAGAAUAUUUCUGGGAUCUUUUAUUUCAGCUCAUGAAACAUGGGACCAACACUUUACAUGUUGCGUUUAGUUUUGUUCAGUGUAUACUAGAAUUAAUGUAGAGAACCUGACAACAACGUUGGCUUGAUCUUGGCCUCCUCCAGGAAUGCACUGUCCUCUCUCUUCCCCUUCAGUGGGUGAAAUGUCUCCGUAUAGCGUCAAACUGGGAUUGCAAGUCAUUGCUGUGGCCCCCUGUGUUUUGCUGAUCUCAUUUAGCCCAGGAGAGGGCGUUGUAAGCCUGUCUGACGGGACAGAGCAGAGGAGCUGGACUUUAGUGUCUGAUUUGCCUGUACAAUACAGAAGGCUUGUCUAUGUUUAAAAAAAAAGGCUGAUAUUAAAAUGUGAUUCAGAUGUCGGUAAAUGUAGGUCACACAGAGAUGUAGAGAAAACAGUGCAGAAGAAGUACAUCAGUGUCCCCUUUAAGACUCUACGCCCGUCCUCCACUUUCUCCUCUGAGUGUCCGUCCAUCUGUCUGUCUCCUUGGAGGUGGUGGUUGGUGCUGAGACAGCAGUGUCUGUAUGACUCACAGGGAGGGAGAGGCUGUUCACUCUCACUGUGGUGCCUGAGAGACUUGGAAACAGUCAUGAUGAGUCACUGUGGUGAUUUAUCAGUAAAAAGAUGUGUGCAUAGCUUCUGUGUGCAUGAGAUAGCAGUUAUUGAUAUCCAAAUGGGGUCAUUUGUUCCAGAGAUCCACGCAUCAUCAUCAUCAUCAUCAUUAGACCGACCGGUCAACGUGUGUUUGUACAGUGUGAAUGUGUACCUGUAUCCAUGUGUGUACCUCUGUAUGUGUGGGUAUGUGGCACCCCCUGUGGGGCAGUAGUGGGAAUAAUGAAUGUAGAUAUGCUAGGUAGGACAGUCGUGGUCAAACGUUUUGAGAAUGACACAAAUACUAAUUUUCACAAAGUCUGCUGCCUCAGUUUUGAUGAUGGCAAUUUGCAUAUACUCCAAAAUGUAAUGAAGAGUGAUCAGAUGAAUUGCAAUUAAUUGCAAAGUCCCUCUUUGCCAUGAAAAUGAAAUGAAUCCCCCCAAAAAGAUUUCCACUGCAUUUCAGCCCUGCCACAAAAGGACCAGCUGCCAUCAUGUCAGUGACUCUCUCGUUAACACAGGUGAGAGUGUUGACGAGGACAAGGCUGGAGAUCACUCUGUCAUGCUGAUUGAGUUAGAAUAACAGACUGUAAGCUUUAAAAGGAGGGUGGUGCUUGAAAUCAUUGUUCUUCCUCUGUUAACCAUGGUUACCUGCAAGGAAACAUGUGCCGUCAUCAUUGCUUUGCACAAAAAGGGCUUCACAGGCAAGGAUAUUGCUGCUAGUAAGAUUGCACCUAAAUCAACCAUUUAUCGGAUUAUCAAGAACUUCAAGGAGAGAGGUUCAAUUGUUGUGAAGAAGGCGUCAGGGCGCCCAAGAAAGUCCAGCAAGUGCCAGGACCGUCUCCUAAAGUUGAUUCAGCUGCGGGAUCGGGGCACCACCAGUGCAGAGCUUGCUCAGGAAUGGCAGCAGGCAGGUGUGAGUGCAUCUGCACGCACAGUGAGGCAAAGACAUUUGGAGGAUGGCCUGGUGUCAAGAAGGGCAGCAAAGAAGCCACUUCUCUCCAGGAAAAACAUCAGGGACAGACUGAUAUUCUGCAAAAGGUACAGGGAUUGGACUGCUGAGGACUGGGGUAAAGUCAUUUUCUCUGAUGAAUCCCCUUUCCGAUUGUUUGGGGCAUCCGGAAAACACCUUGUCCGGAGAAGACAAGGUGAGCGCUACCAUCAGUCCUGUGUCUUGCCAACAGUAAAGCAUCCUGAGACCAUUCAUGUGUGGGGUUGCUUCUCAGCCAAGGGAGUGGGCUCACUCACAAUUUUGCCUAAGAACACAGCCAUGAAUAAAGAAUGGUACCAACACAUCCUCCGAGAGCAACUUCUCCCAACCAUCCAAGAACAGUUUGGUGACGACCAAUGCCUUUUCCAGCAUGAUGGAGCACCUUGCCAUAAUGCAAAAGUGAUAACUAAGUGGCUCGGGGAACAAAACAUCGACAUUUUGGGUCCAUGGCCAGGAAAUUCCCCAGACCUUAAUCCCAUUGAAACUUGUGGUCGAUCCUCAAGAGGCGGGUGGACAAACAAAAACCCACAGAUUCUGACAAACUCCAAGCAUUGAUUAUGCAAGAAUGGCCUGCCAUCAGUCAGGAUGUGGCCCAGAAGUUAAUUGACAGCAUGCCAGGGCGGAUUGCAAAGGUCUUGAAAAAGAAGGGUCAACACUGCAAAUAUUGACUCUUUGCAUAAACUUAAUGUAAUUGUCAAUAAAAGCCUUUGACACUUAUGGAAUGCUUGUAAUUAUACUUCAGUAUACCAUAGUAACAUCUGACAAAAAUAUCUCAUAACACUGAAGCAGCGAACUUUGUGAAGACCAAUACUUGUGUCAUUCUCAAAACUUAUGACCACGACUGUACGCUCCACCCAGCUCGCCUGGCGCUCCCUGUAGGUAGGUGGAGUUCACACUGUAGGACCAAUAGAACACACACAGUGUGCUGCUCCGCCCACUCGACACAUUCUAUGUACGUUCCAUUGGUCCCCUUGUGUAAACUCCGCCCACCAGGCCAGCUGCUUCCUGCAGGUAAUAGAGAAGAGAACAUGAUGAAUCAAUAGGUUCAGGCUCAAUAAAGAAAGGGGGAGAUUUACAGAGAAAGAUCUGUGUAUCGCUGUAUGCAUCACUCUCUUCGAUUCCAGUGAAUGCAUGCAUACACACACUCUCUCUCACUCACUCACUCACUCACUCACAGUAGUGAUAUAGAGCAACGUGGAUUGUUAUUACAGUGUAACAGCCAUUUGUUAAUCUCUCUUAGAUACAAGGUGCUCUUUUGCAGCCCAUCAAGGUGAUGGUGCGUUGGAUUACCAUGGGGUCACAGCAGGUUGAAUGAUUGCAGGGUCGUUAGUGAAUAAAAUCAAUAUACUGAAUGCCUUAGUUACUGGAAGAUCUGCUGUUACAAAACCAUAUUGGUGCAUUAGAAGACUGAGAUCAUAUUGAUAUUCAAUGCAGACCUUCUUCCCUCACUGCCUAGUCUAGUCUGACUGAUUUCAUCAUCAUGUAUUAGCCUGGUUGCUCAUUGAUGACAGGUGUAGUGUUUAAUCAAAUUCCAGCCCAUAAACUGACAUCUCAAGGUGAUGCUCUGAUAAUUCAUCAGGAUCAGACAGUGAUUUUAGAGCGCUGCUGCUGAGCUGAUGCAGAAUGCACUGGAAGGAAGGGGUCAGUAGUCAAUGUCAGCAUCCUUUUUACAGCACCACUCGAUCUCCCUCUGUGAUGUCAGAGUGUUGCAUGUCUCCUAGGCUGCCUGCCUGCCUCCACCCCAACACCCUCUCCUCUCUCCAUCCAUCCCCCAUCCCUUUCCUCUGUUCUCCUCUAGCCCAACCCCUUUCUGCCCACCUGACCUGCUGAAAUCCAAUUAGAAUCACCAGGACACAGCCUUGGCUGCACAGACGCGCUGUGCUUACCAAGCACAAACUUCAGUCUCACUCUCUCCUUCUCCCACUCUCUCUUUUCCUCUCUCUUCCCUCCGCAUCUUUUCUAUCCCUCCCACUCUUGUUCAAAAUAUUCACUCUUUCUCUCACUCCAUUUGUCUUUGUCUGUCUUUCACUCUCUCCCUUCCCUCUCGCUGGUCUAACUUUUGCAGCUAGUCUCUCUAUCUCCCCAAUCUCGCUCUCCCUCCUGCGCUGCUUCCCUCCCUCUCUCCCUCCCUCCUAGCAGCACACAGUCUCCUCCUGCGUGGGAAACAUGUCAGCCAUUCUGGACCUGGACCAGAUCGCAUGCUCUGGGAAUGCAGUGGUGAGUGCGUCUAACUGACACACCUCGCUGGGUUUAGAUUCAGGGUGCCGAGACCCUGGUUCUCUUGAAGGUGCUGGACUGGGCAGGACUCCCUGGCUGGUUGGUAGCACACAUAACUGCCUGCCUCCUCAGAUGGCUAAGCAGCUGUGCCGUUUCAGUGCGCAGAGAGGUGUUUGUGUGGGUGGACGUUUGUCUGCAGGAGAACACUAGAUUUUUCUUGUUUGUGUGUUUGCAUGCACUUACUGUCGAGACUGUGUGUGUGUAUUCGUGUGCGGGGAAGUGUGUGUGUGUGUGUGUUGUCAACAUAGACGGCAUGAAUGUGUUCUUGUGUGUUGUUGGUGCAUUUCAAUGUGAUGGCAUGAAAUAUGCAUGUGUAUAAGUGUUCAGGAGUCUGAGCAUACAGGAGGGUAUGUGGGAGGAUAUGUGGGAGGAUAUGCGUAUGUGCCUGUCUGUGUGUGCACGUCUCUGGAUGUACUGCAUUUCUGUGUUUGCCAGAUCGUGAAGAGAAAAGAGCUAUUUCCUCUGAACAUAUGAGUGGUGACGGAGACCAGCUAGACAGGCCUUGUGAUCCCUGUGUGUGUAUCCAGGUAAACUGCGACAUUCUGUCAGGGACAAGGAACUGAUCUUUCACCCACAUAGCAACAACAGAUUUGUUGAAGUCUGAAAGAUUUCCCACAAGGACCUUUACUGGCUAAAUGUUGUUUUCAACCCCAUGACAUAGACAGGCUCUCUCUGGUCGUAUGUGUGAGAGAGAAGCUGUUAGCAAUGGGGCUGUCAUUUUUGUCCCCUAACGCUGCUCUGUGUGGUGAUUGAUGCUGUCGCUCUUAAGGCCGGGGGAGGAGACGGGCAAAGGAGAUGGAUGGCAGAGAGAAGUGAAGCAUGACACAUUGCUCUCCUUUUCACCUGUCUGACUCUCCCUCUUUCCCAUCUCCAUCACCUUACCCUCCUCCCUCACCCUCUCCAUCCCUUACCCUCCUCCCUCACCCUAUCCAUCCCUUACCCUCCUCCCUCACCCUCUCUAUCCCUUACCCUCCUCCCUCACCCUCUCUAUCCCUUACCCUCCUCCCUCACCCUCUCUAUCCCUUACCCUCCUCCCUCACCCUCUCUAUCCCUUACCCUCCUCCCUCACCCUCUCUAUCCCUUACCCUCCUCCCUCACCCUCUCUAUCCCUUACCCUCCUCCCUCACCCUCUCUAUCCCUUACCCUCCUCCCUCACCCUCUCUAUCCCUUACCCUCCUCCCUCACCCUCUCUAUCCCUUACCCUCCUCCUCACCCUCUCUAUCCCUUACCCUCCUCCCUCACCCUCUCUAUCCCUUACCCUCCUCCCUCACCCUCUCUAUCCCUUACCCUCCUCCCUCACCCUCUCUAUCCCUCCCUCUCCUUAUUUUCAAUUUUCCUUCUCUGUGUGACUUUGUUUCAAUCUUUGGCAGAUUCCUCUUGGUGUCUCUGCAGGCACCUCACUGCCCUUAGCCCUCCAUUUGUUAUAGAUCAUUAUCAGCCGUCUUUGACCAUACACAAACCCAAACCCCACAUUAACAUUCUCCUCCACAUUCUAUGAAGUUUGUCUAAACCCCCAUUACAGAAGCAUAGUUUCACUUUGGUAAAGGGUAAAAAGGGUUUCAGCCAUUGCAGUGCUCUCUACUCUCCCCCCUCCCUCUGCAGGCCAGCAGCCCCACCCCAGUUCUGUUUGCAUCUGAGGCUCCACUGAUGUGUGUGUGUGUAAAGUGAGCGAGAUUAAGGAAAACAGACAGUGUGCAUGGCUUACUCCUAGAUCAAUACAAACCAAAGACAAGGAUCUAAGCUAGAUGACUGGAUCUGAGGCCUUGUUCAGAUCAUCAUGUUUAUGAUAAACCAUAUUCUUCCUCUGCCAAGAAAGUCACUCCCUUUUGUUUGUUUUUCAUCAGUGGGUCUCCUCAGCUUUGUCACCCUUUUCUCGAUCUUUCAUGCUCUACUUAUCUUCUCUCUUCUGUUCUAUCAUUCUAUAUCUUCUCUUCUUCUCACUCCAUCAGCAGCCUCAGUGUUUGUGUGUGUGUGCCUCUGUGUGUGUUCAUUCCAUUUAUUCGAACAGUCGUUGUUUCUCUCACUCACUGUGUCCUUGUUGCUGUCCUUCUCUCACCCCUAAACACUCUGCUUCUGCAGCAACACAGAAGGGAGUGUUUCAUUGUUAGUGACAACAGGUCGUGCUGCCUUCAUCCUUUGACAAUCGUGUCAUUUCUGUGAGCUUCAAAUACGUUCUUAGAAUGCAAAACUGUUUAAACGGUUGUCUUCUUUUUUAUAAUACUUUGAUAUGAACAACAGAUAAUAGUAAAGCCAGUAACCUGAGGAAAAGCCUUUUCCAUUGGUCUCUGUUUUAUGUGUCGCCAUGUUCCUGUUCUGUCUUUGUCUCCACUCUGUGGGUGCCUGGCUGUUUAUUAAUGCAUGUACUUGCCUCCGUGCAUUUCAAUGAAGUCUUAAUCUUACUAUAGUGAAUUGUAAAGCAUAGAAAAUGGCUGGUAUGUUUGGUUGAGAUCUUAGACAGGGAUACUGUUGCCUUGUCCUUGACCGGAAGGUUUAACCUUCACUUUCUCCAAAGGAACUUUGAUAUCCACCAUUCUCAAAAAUGGUAAAAUGGUUCCUGCUGCAGUGUUCCCAGCCCUGCCUCUGAGCAGAGGAGGCUUGUCUCACUCUCUCUUAAUUAUUGUAUGACCAGUGUGCCCUGAGACUAGGCAAGCUCUGUGCCCACCACUACCUCAUGCUGCUAAACACACGCUCACACUCAUACACUAACAUGCUCAGAUACCCAGUCCCAAGUAAUGCCGACCUUGCGCUGCAGUGUGGUGUGUGACGUCAGCAGAUACUGCUGUCACGAAUUUAGAGAGGUACAGGAUAGGUCUAUAGAAAGUGUGGUGGCACGCCAGGGAAUGACGCUGUUAUUUCCUUGGUGUAUUGCAUCACUUCCUGUUUUAAGUCAUGAUAUGUGAUGAAGCUCAGAAAGAUGGCAGUUUAUUGCUGGCAUCUUUUUGGGUCUAAUUUGCCCUGGUCAGCCAGAUUAUUAUCUGACUCGGUUACACUGAAAACCUUAAUGCACAGACUUGGAAUCAUAAAAAUCAUUCAUCAUUUUAUGGAUGGCUCUAGUCUCUGUCUCUGUGUAAUUUUAGGGUUCAGUCUCUUUUUAAGAAAGGAAGUUAUUUAGUGCAGAGAGGCAUGGAGUAAAAAGUUUCAGUCUGAAUUUUAAUAGAAGAGGGCUACUCCUCCCUGCAGUGGCAGCUUCCAGAGGAGGCGAUGACACUGGAUUUUUGUACAGUAAUACCUCGGGGUGCAGUGCAUUUUAAAAUCUCCAAGGGAACCAGCUGAUCCUCUGCCCAGUGCACACUCUGUGCUCCUCCUCCUCCCGUCUGAGGGCUCUGGAAAGGAGACUGGAAGCUCUGUAGUCUGUACAUACUCAAUCAUAAGGACUCUCUCAUGAUUGGAUUGUCAAUUUGUUUGGCCUUUAUUGUCUUUCUCAUAUCUGAUGCAUGAUGUAGUAAGCUGUAAUUAGAAUAUGAAUCCAUAAAUAUCCACAUCAAACCCACUCCAGAUCCCCCUACACAGACCCUGAGGCACUUGGUGUAGAUUGAAAAAGAUUGGAUAAGAAAAGACAGUAUGGUGAAGGACCUCAAGGGCCUAGGAGUCAGUUUGGAAAUGGGAACAUGUCGGUCUGGACACCAGGAUGGCUCCCUCCCUACCUCCGUACUGUUCAGAUCUGUCUACCAACGCCCUGACCUGUCUGUUCUCCUCUGAUUGGCUGCAGGAGCAUGAUAUCGAGACUCAGCAUGGCGUGCUCCAUGUGACCAUGAGGGGCGUUCACAAGGGAAACCGGCCAGUCAUCCUCACCUACCAUGACAUUGGCCUCAACCGUGAGUGUGCAAAUUAACCCUAAUACUAUUAUCUAAGACACAGUGUGGUUAUAAACAUGUACAACAUGUACCAACUUCUAUAAGUAUUACUUGUAGGUUUAUGCCAUGGAUUUGUGUUUUAUGUAUGAUAGGUUUGUGCCAUUCUUGUGUAUCUUAUUUCUAGGUUUACUUCUUUAUAUCUAAUGACUGGAUUUGCAUUACUAUCCUUUUGGUCCCUUCUCUGUGCAGAUAAGUCGUGCUUCAACACGCUGUUUAACUUUGAGGACAUGCAGGAGAUCACGCAGCACUUUGCAGUGGUCCAUGUGGACGCCCCCGGACAGCAGGAGGCGGCAGCACCCUUCCCCACCGGGUACCAGUACCCGACCAUGGACGAACUGUCUGAGAUGCUGCCCUCGGUUAUGACUCAGCUCAAGUGAGUGACAUGGAAAUUGACAACUUGACUCAUUUAGGUUGUGAUGGAUAAACCAGUGGAAUGCCAGUAAGUUGGUGUUGUUGAUGGGGUGAUGUAUUUCCUGAUGUCCACAGGGUGAACAGUGUGAUUGGGAUUGGCGUGGGAGCAGGAGCCUACAUCCUAUCCCGGUUUGCAGUAAGUCUACUUAACACUUGACAGCAGCUCUCUAAUCCACUGUCCAUUUUCUUUUUCUAAAUCACCUGUCUCUCUGUUCAUCUCUGUCUGGUCUAUUGUAGCUUCCUCCACAUUCUGAACAUCCAACCCACACAGCAGUAUUUCACCAGUCCUCUUGUCUAUUAUAAACCGUGCCAUUCUGAGGGGGGUGAAUCACCUUGUUAUUCUCUCGCCAUCUCUCAUGUUCUUUUUCUUUCUGCCACUCAAUGCCUGGCUUAUUUUAGUUCUGCUGCAUUCUCUAGAAGAGAGGAGAAAGACAAUGAGUGGAGCGAGAGAGCACGAGGAGGAGGACAGGGUGGAAAUAGUCUGGAGGAUUUAGGAAUCACAGUGUUUGAUGUUCCUCUUGGGGGUCUGCUCAACAUUUUAUUUUCAAAUUCCAUCAGUUAGGGGUUGGAGUAAAAUAGAAACAAGGUAGCUAGAUUGGUAACAGCUGUUGUUGCAUUUGAUAUUAACAUGUAGUUUCAGGUAACCCGCAUCUCAGCAGCCUCUGUUGAUACAUCUGACAUUUCUUGAAAAUGACAAAAGUUUGUAGCAUUCUGAAUGCAGUUUUAACGCCACUACAUCUUCCUGAGAUGUUCAUCAUCAUCUUCAUUCCUUAUUACUAAACUAUGUAGGAAGACUGGAAUGCUGCUAUGCUACUUCACCUCAUGUUGGGGGCUGACAUGUUGUUCCUCUCAUCUGCAGCUGAACAACCCUACUCUGGUAGAGGGCCUGGUUCUGAUCAACGUGGAUCCGUGUGCCGAGGGAUGGAUCGACUGGGCUGCCUCCAAGGUCAGUAGUCCUCUAACCAAUCACCCAUCUUUAAAGACAAAGCCAUGGAUCCUUUUAAUCUCCUAGAAGACUGUCACUUUAGCUAUGCGUAGGGCUGUUGCAGUGACCAUAUUUCCGUCACACCGGCAGUCAUGAGUCAUGACCGCAGUAAAAUUCACACGGUAAUCUCCUUUUAUGCACUCUGGACAUGUUUUGGUAGUACCCAACUCACUAUCGACUAUCGGGUCCUAAUGGCCUGGUACUCAGGGCUCCAUUGUCCCUCUAACCAUCAAUGCAAAUGAAAUCAAAAAUCACAUCAGACAGUUAUCAUCAAAACAGUAUCAUGCUUUUAAAACUCACCUCACUGUGAUGAUCAAUUUGAAGAAAGAAGUUCAACAGCAGGUUGAAACUGAGUGUAAAACAUGGUAGUUGUGGAUGAUGUUUCAAAGCCUUAUACAACUAAAUUGACAGCGCUUUCUAAGGUGAUGAUUAAUUCAAAUAUUAAAGCUUAUGCAUAGGCAUAGGCUUAUAAGCCCAAGCCUGAAAAAAACCCUGAAUAAAAAUGAUGAUUGUGCCAUUAUACAAUACAUAGCCUACCGCAUAUUACCCAUGGCAGAAAAACAUAAAUGGUGCAUAAUUGGUCUAGCCUGUACUCCAAAAUUAAACAAAUUAGAGUAAUAACCUUUGUGUGGACUGUAUUAUUAUUCAUGCUGGAUGGACUGGUUACCUUAUGCUACGCUCCAAUAUUUCUAUACACUAGUCUGGGAGAGAAUGUAUAACCCUAGGCGAUGCUGUUGGUUCAUUGAUUUGUGCAGGGCGGCUUACAGUUACCCUAUAAUUAUAGUGAAUUUGUAUUUGAUUUUGAAUAGCCUAGUAAUAGGGAUUUUUUUUUAUUUUCAUAAUUAAAUGGGUGACACGUUACCUUUUUAGCUAUACAGAAUAUCUCACCAUCAUGCAUUUCCAUCUCCUCCUCUCUAUCCUUUAUUCCUUUCUCAAGUGCGCAGAGGGGCUGUCAACAGUUUAGUGAAAUAUGUUUUGUUGCAAAAACAUGUUACUGUAGGUGUUCCCGAACAGAUUUCACUUAGUUUCCGAAAUUAAGCACUGGGUAGCUGCAGGAACAGGGUUGGAGAGCCCAUGGCAUACAGAGUUUGGGCGGAAUAUCACCUGUUGCGCAGCGAGAGCAUUCUCCUUAAACAGUAGUUGAUGCCUGGAAUGAAAUAAGUGUUCUUAUAUUUAUUUCUCAGCAGCUCAUAUUAAACACAGCUCCACUAUAAAACCGAAGUAGCCUACCCAGCAUCAUUGAAAAACGGACUGGCGGGAAAGCGCGUGGCCUCCAUUCGCUAAUCGAGUGCAUACAGAUGACAUGUAUUUUUUCCCCCGCCCCUGUUCCUGCCCAUUGGGCCAUUCUAAAUCAAAACUAAUUUUACAUAUUAGGAAAGACAAGAUUAAAUUGAGAAUAGUCUGAUGGGUGAAAAUAUGAUCACUUGUGGAGAGAACAGCUGUUCAGCCUGAGGCAAGGAACAGAGAGCACGCUUUUUUUGCGACUUUCUCAAAUCAUCAAUAGCCUAUAGUCGCAUCAUGCAGCCCAUAUAUGUUUAGAUUUUUAAGACAUUCUAAGGUUUGUAUCGUUCAAAACUAAAGUUGCCACAUAACUCUAAAUCUAGCAUAUGAGGCCUGUUUCAAAUUAUAACUUUUACGCUCAACAAAGCCACUUCAUAUGCGCACUCGCUCUGGAAUGGGAAGAAUAUCCUUUCUAUUUUAAGUUCAAUUAUAUACUUCUUACUAUAAAAUCAUAUAAUAUAAAAUAAUGGUAUGGGACUUAUAAGCAUAUCUUGUCAGCUAAAUGAACAGGCCUACGGCAUGGACCAUAGCCAGAUAACAUAGGCCUACAGUAGGCCAACUCAUAUUCUGUUCUUGAGAAGAAAAAAAAUUCUUCCUAUCAUAAUGUUUCUUUCGACCUGACUAAAAUAAAUAAUGGAUUUAUUUGUGAUGGUGUAUAUUAAAUUGAUUUAUUAGACUUUGUUUAAAUGUAGAAGUUCCAAAGGCGUGCAUCAGUGGAUUUUAUACAGCUUGUAUGCGUGGAGGCCUGGAGAUGCUAAAUGUGUUUGUUAAUUACCGUGAGACCGGCAGACUUAAUUUCAUGCCACAGCCCUAGCUAUGCAUUACUUAGACCUUGUCCUGUUUUUUUCUCUUCAGCUCUCUGGGUGGACCAGUAACAUCGUGGACACAGUGAUGGCUCACCACUUCAGCACUGUGAGUAUGAUGGGUUGGCAUCUGCCCACCUUUGAGUUCCAUUCACCUUUGAUAAUAUACUAAAAACUAACCUGGUUUGAAACAUCUAAGAUGACAUCAUGAUACCAUCCACACACACAGCCAUACUGAUGCCUUGUGUGUUCCCCCAGGAUGAGCUAACAGACAACCAGGAGCUGAUCCAGACCUACCGCCUUCACAUCGCCCAGGACAUCAACCAGGACAACCUGGCCCUCUUCUGUGCCUCCUACAACGGGUACGCUAGGCAGGAGUGGAGACGGGGCAGGGAUCCACUCCUGCCCACCGUACUCGCUGACUCUACUACUGGCUGACUAAAUGUGGCAUUAACCUUUUUUUCUCUUUUUUUCAAUGACAGUCGUCGGGAUUUAGAAAUCGAGAGGCCAGUCAUUGGUGUGAAUGAGGACACAGUGAACACACUGACGUGAGUUUGAACCGGUUUUACCGUGUCUUCGGCAGUAUGCUCAAACGGACCUGUUGUAACUCACAGUGCUUAAGGAAACUCUUCUCUUCCCCUCCAGGUGCCCUUCUCUGUUGGUGGUUGGAGACACAUCUCCUGCAGUGGAGGCAGUGGUGAGUUAUUUAGGGUGGUUGUUGUUUAGCUUGUGACUAUGGAUCAUGCGCUUCUACAUGCUUGUAUAUAUAUAUAUAUAUAUAGUAUGAUGAUGGAACUAAAUGUUGAAUAUCAGUUCCUUUAUGUGAUUAAGUUUUGUCCACUAACUCUCUUUAACCUUGUUUCAGGUGGAGUGCAAUUCCAGGUUAAAUCCAACCAAGACUACACUGUUUAAGGUGAGGUGAAGCAUGUCAUCCUGUGUGUGUCAUGCAUUAAUAUUUUAUGCUAAACUAUUACAUGUGUAGUGACUCGGAAGUUCUCUCUCUUUCUCCCCUCUCUCUCUCUCUGUAGAUGGCUGAUUGUGGAGGCUUGCCUCAGGUUGUGCAGGUGAGGUUUGAGCAUCUGAAACCGUGUUAUUAUAUCCUUGUGUGUGUGUUUUUAUAAAAAAAUGGAUUUACAUUGAUAACUAACAUGUCGUCUCCUCAACAGCCUGGGAAACUGGCAGAGGCCUUCAAGUACUUUGUUCAGGGUAUGGGUUAUAGUAAGUACACAACUCUUACUUUUCUUUGUAAAUGUGUGAUCUCAAUAACCACUCCUUUCUAGCAUACUUAAAAAUAUAUAUAAUGUCUCUGGCCACUUGUGGCUAGUAACUGGUUGCUACCUUUGAAUUUUACUCUUGCGUAUUGAUUAUCCACUAACAAGCUGUUGUACACAUUUGUGGUUAAGAUCUGUGUUCUCAGUGUAUUUCCUGUCGACGUGAGCAAAAUAACAACUGUUGCGCAAAUGAGUAUUGUUUUCAUCACGGUUUCCCAUGAGCCUUUGCCAGACCCCCUCCUGGGUUUGGAGUGCAGCCAGUCGUGUCUGAAAGGACCCUCUCUUUUUAUCACACUGGUCACGGAGGAGGCCGCUCCUCACGCCUCACGCCUCACAGCUAACAUCAUUUCCUCUUUCAUCUUUGCAGUGUUGCAUAGCCUCAGUUCUUAGUAGGUGAGAAACAGUGCUUGUGGCAUGAAUGACUAGCAACAAAGAUGUUCUGAACAGCAAUUGACUUCCUGUUCAAUUCUGCGUAGGAGAGACUCUCUUGCAUUGCCUUGUGUGUUUUUGUUUGUUUUCUAACCAAAUUGUUUAAGAUGCAGCUCUUCCUGUGACACAAAUGUUUUCACCUCUCAUUCACCAGCACAGCAUUUCUAUUGUACUAGGCUCUUCUGUUUUCUCCCCCAUCCCUCCUCAGUGGGAGUGCUGCCUGCAGCCCCAGGUGUCACUGGUAAAGGCCAGGCAGCACAGAGUCACUCCCUGCAGAGGCACAGCCAGAAGAGGACUGGCCACCCCUCAGAGCCUGGUUCCUCUCUAGGUUUCUUCCUAGGUUCCUGCCUUUCUAGGGAGUUAUUCCUAACCAUCGUGCUCCUACAUCUGCAUUGCUUGCUGUUUGGGGUUUUAGGCUGGGUUUCUGUAUAAGCACUUUGUGACAUCUGCUGAUGUAAAAAGGGCUUUAUAAAUACAUUUGAUUGAUGAUUAGAUUAGGAAAUGUCACUGCCAGAUUAGAGUUGAUUAAAGCCUCUUCUCACAGUGAUCUAUGAGAUAUGUUAUACCACACGCAAAAGCAGCACGUCUGCGAAGCAAGUUUAGUUUGAACCAGCAUAGUUUUACACUUCAAGUUCGUUGUCUUCGGCAGCGAGAGCGUUGCAGAGACGUAGAUGUACAGAAAUAAGCACAUAAUAUCAAAUAUACAUUCAUAAGUAAUCUCAAGAAUCCUAAAACUAAGUAGGAAAAUAGCUACAAUCACCCUACACACAUUGAAAGGUCUGGUAUCACAUUUUAGGCUUGUAUUAAAAAGACAGAUCAGUUGACACAAUUGUUGAUGUAACUAGCUACUUCAAAUCAUUUUAAUUACAGCAACUUAGUUGCAGAGGUUGCAAGAAUAUCUUCCUAUUAUGAAGUGUGGCCGAAUGAAAAUAAAUCUUCCCAUUAUGAAACCUAUGCCAUGACAUUAACGCAUCUUGUCACGCUCCCAGUGCAGCACCCUGUAAACCACGUUGACAGAUGUAUGAGGGUACGCGCUCGUCACGGUGUUAGUGUAGUUUCGCUGUAAGGACCCAUUGAGUAUUGGCCAAAAUUCUGCUUUGUCCCUUGGGGCUAUGCCUGUCUCUCCCCUACCCCAAAAUCAGACAUGAAGAACACAUAGAUUUUUUUUAUUGAUUUUGUCUCUCUGGUAUACAGCAGUUGUCUUUUCCUUCAAAAUAACUUAUAUUCAUUACCUCAACCUUCAUAAACCGUAUUUCCGUUCAAUAUGUUCUCCUUUCUUCUUCUUUCAAUCCUUUCCACCCUCCAUCAAUGCUAACAGUUCCCUACAUUCUUCUCAGUCACCUGAGCAACGAAUCAGGUACCAGGUUUUAAAGCAGUAGCAGUUUUAGACCAGCCUCCAUUCAACCUAACACACAUUACAUGAAUGUCAAUGUAUGCUCAGAAAGUCCAUUUAACAUCAUGACAUAUUGGUAUUUUCGGUCAUCUGUAUUGUUCAAUUAAGUGGAGAAAUGUCUGCAUACUUUGACAUUUGUUUAGGUGGUUAUGUGACUCCUUUAAGCAUGAAACUUGUGUUAGAUAUUUUUCCUAUUGUUGCACAAUGUGCUAGUUUUGCUUCAUUUAGCCUUUUCUCUAUUUUUUCAGUGCUUUAUGCUAUUAUUGUAUUGCUUUUUUACAAGACAUGCUUGUCAGUGUCUUCGGCUUGCAUACUGUAGUUGUGUGUGUGGUGCUGAAGUAUUUUUCUUUCUUUUAUUGGUCCCUCAGAUUUGUCUGCAUGGUGAAAUCUGCAGUAUUUGUAUGAUGUAUCGAUGUAAUUCCCUAACGGAGGGAACACAUCAUCAUGCUUCCUGCAUUGCAUGAAGUGCUCUGCAUUGUGACUGGAAUGUUAACACUCCUGUGUUGUCGUAGUGCCCACGGCUGGAAUGAGUCGUCUGGUCCGAUCCCGCACCACCUCCUCCUCCAGCAUCACCUCCAUGGACAGCAUCCGCAGCCGCAACCUCAACAGCCUGCUGGAGAGAGCCAACACCACUGGGGGCCUGGACAACCAGCCUGGGCCCCAGACCAUGGAGGUCUCCUGCUAAAUCUCCCCAUCUCUCCCUCACUCCACACAGGGUAGCAGCCCUCACCGGUGCCCCUCUCUUCCUUCAGUAACUUAUGUCUCCCAGUCUCUCUCUCUCUCCUACCCUGCUCCAAAGCUACUCAAUGCCAGGGGAUUCUGUGAUGAAUUGUGUGAUAAAUAUGAGCAUAUAUACAAAUGAAUAUUAAAUAUAAAACUGUAUACAUGUCAAACUUCGAGUCAUAAGCAGAGGGGACAAAAUAAAGGAUGAAUCAGAUAUACUGUAUACUUCAAGGGUCUAGAUCAGGGUUCUUCAAUUCCGGUCCUGGAGGGCCGAAACACUUCUGUUUUUUAUUUCUACCUGGUAGUUAAUUGCACUCACCUGGUGUCCCAGGUCUGAAUUAGCCCCUGAUUAGAAGGAGAGGAUGAAAAACAGAGGUGUUUCGGCCCUCCAGGACUGGAAUUGAAGAACCCUGGUCUAGAUGAUACGAUCCCCCACCUAACUGUUUCCCAUUUUAUAUGUGUGCAUGUGUCUUGUGCAAGUGAAUCUGGAGACUUAUUCUCCCAGUUUCAAUUACUGUACGUCCCUCCUUUGUUCCAAUAGUUGUUUUUCACAUAUUGUAUUUAUUUGGUUCACCAUGUGUCUUUGUGUAUAGGAUUGGUUCCUCAGCACAGGAGGGGUUGAAGAGUCCCAUCUCUCACAUCCACCGUAGUCCAAAUACACAUUCCUCUUCCUUCUCUUAUACUAUGAUCUAGAACACAUUUACACUUAAAACCUUCAUUCUUUGCACAUAUUUAGACACAUAUGUUUUUAUAUGUUGUGAACCGUGAACACACGCCUCCUUUGAUUGUGUGGCAUAGUGUAGAUGUGUGUUUUCCUGUACUGUACCUUGCUGCACUGCUCUGCUCUGCCGAGUCACUCCAUUCACACUGUAGAAUGAUCACUCGAGCUGGGUGCAAACAAGAUUCAUGAUUUCCUGUACAUUUCUCUGCAUUUUGUUGUUUUCCAAAUGGCAGGUUAUAGUGGCCCAAAUGACAGAAUAAAU